CGCUAUCGUCACUGCUGACGAUAUCCCUCAGAUUAGGAAACAACUGUUAUCAAGAUGGCGCUACGGCCAGGAUCUGGGGGAGGCGGCAGCUUCAUGUAUCCGGUCGGAGGGGGAAUGAGACCCACUCAGGGCAUGAUGCCCAUGCAGCAGCAGCAACAACAACAACAACAACAACAACAACAACAGCAGCAUCACCAGCAGCUGCAGCAACAACACCAACAGCAUCAACAACACCAACAACACCAACAACAUCAACAACAACAACAGCAACAGCAACAGCAGCAGCAGCAGCAGCAUCAUCAGCAGCUUCAGCAGGGCUUCCCCAUGGUGCAGGUCAUGCAGCCCAACAUGCAGGGCAUGGUGGGGAUGAACUACGGGGGACAGAUGCCCCCAGGCGCGAUGCCCAUGCAGGGAGGCAUGCAGAUGGGGAUGCAGGCCCCAGGCAUGCAGUUCAUGGGCCAGGCUCAGUUCAUGGGCAUGCGGGCCCCGGGGCACCAGUACACAGCCGACAUGCAGAAACAGAUGGCCGAAGAGCACCAGAAGCGUCUGGGUCAGCAGCAGCGCAUGCUGGAGGAGGACCGGAAGAGGCGGCAGUUUGAGGAGCAGAAGCAGAAGCUCCGGCUGCUCAGCAGCGUCAAGCCCAAGGUGGGCGGGGAGAAGAGCCGGGACGACGCCCUGGAGGCCAUCAAGGGGAACCUGGACGGCUUCAGCAGGGACGCCAAGAUGCACCCAACGCCCUCUGCGCAGACCAAGAAGCCAGACUCAUCGCCAUCUCACUCCACCGCCCUCCCCCACUCCCUCCCCCACUCCCUCCCCCCCGCCCCACCCGAUGACGACGAUGAGUUUAGUGACUUUAUUCAGGGGCCCAUAGACUCCUUCUCCUCUUCCUCCUCCACCUCAUCUUCCUCUACUACAACAUCCUUCCAGCAACACCUUCCCUCCCAGACCCAGGCCGCACCCUUCCCCCCCACCUCGUCCUCCCCGGCCCCCUCCCCCGUGCCCCCCGCUCAAACCUCUGCUGUCCAACUCAGCUCUCAAACUACGUUUCAAGGCCCGUCCCUGGAAGAGAAGCUCUUCUCCUCCUGUGACAUGAGCGCCGACAAGCGGGCGCAGGUUAGCUUCAGGGCCCCGGCGGCGCAGGCCCCGCGGGCCAAGGUCUCGGCCCGCUUCCGUCCCAGCGCCACGGCCCGCGACUGGGCCGCCGCCUCCGAGGACUUGAGCUCCGUCUUCACCGUACCGAGCAGCCCGCCGGAGGCCCCGGUGCCGCCGGCGCCAUCCGUGGCCGCCGCCCCCUCGCCGCAGGCCAGCCCCUUCCCUCGUGGGGGCGGGGACAGUGCUGGUGUGGGUGGGUAUCCACAACAAGAACACAUCCAGCCGGUAGUGCCAGGUUGGCUGUACAACGACAGCCUGAUCCCAGAGCUGUUCAAGAAGGUGCUGGAGUUCACCAUGACCCCGGCGGGGGUGGACACCAACAAGCUGUACCCCAUCCUGAUGUCGUCGGGCCUGCCCCGGGAGGCGCUGGGCCAGAUCUGGGCCGCCGCCAACCGCACCACGCCGGGCAUGCUGACCAAGGAGGAGCUGUACUCGGUGCUGGCGCUCAUUGGCGUCGCGCAGAGUGGCCUCCCAGCGAUGAACGUGGACAUCCUGAGUCAGUUCGCCUCUCCUCCGGUACCCAACCUCCCCGCCCUGGCCAUCGCCAUGGCGCCCGGAAUGCCCCAGCACCAGCAGCCAAUGAUGGCUCCUCCCCCGGUCUCCAUGGCGAUGCCCACCCCUCCUCCACAGGUCAUGGGCAUGACGUCGGCGGCCCCGGCUCAGGCCCUGCCCAACCCCGGUUUCCUGGCCAGCUUCCCACCUGUGCAGGCGGCCAAGACAGACGACGAUGACUUCCAGGACUUCCAGGAGGCGCCCAAGCCAGGAGGUGGAGACACGUCCUUUGCUGACUUCAAGGGGGAGUCGGGCUCCAGUUUCCCAGCCGCAGGUGCAACUCAGCACCAGCACAGUUCACCUCCCAUGCUGACCCCAGUAUCAGGAACCUCCUCCUCAUCGUCCUCGGACAAGUACGCGGUCUUCAAACAGCUCUCUGUGGAGCAGCCCGUGGAGGCCCCGCCCCCUCCCUCAGAUUCAGGUGACAAGUACAGUGUCUUCAGACAGCUGGAGCAGCCAGCUGACAAGAAAACAGCUGGGGACGGCUUCGCCGAUUUCAAGUCUGUCAGCGCUGACGACGGCUUCACAGACUUCAAAACGUCCGACAGCGUUUCUCCCCUAGACCCUCCAGACCAGGCCAAGAUCUUCCAGCCCCCCUUCCCCCCCUCUUUCCCCACCUCCCACUCUCUGCAGCAACUCCCCCCACAACAGCCAGCUCCGCCCCCACAGCCCCAGGCCCCGGGGGCCCCUCUCUCUCAGCCCAACAAGGCCCUCCACAUGGCCGACCUGGACCUCUUCUCCCCCCUCGGCCCCUCGGCCCCGGCCCCGGCCCCCGAGGCCAAGCCCUGCCCCUUCCCCGCCGUGUCCCUGCCCCCCUCCCUGGGGCUCCUCGGGGGCGGGGCCAAGCCCCCCUCCGGCGGAGGGGCCGAUGACUUUGGUGACUUCGCCCUGUUCGCCACCUCCUCCUCCUCCGCCUCCUCCUCCAUGCCCCCCGCCGGCUCCUCCUCCUCCGACGCGGCCCCGGGCCCCGCCGCCCUCCUGGGCCGGGGGCCGUCCGCCUCCCAGGACGACUUUGCCGACUUCAUGGCGUUCGGCAGCUCGGGGGCGGGGCCUAAGGGCGGGGACGGCGCCGUAGAGCAGCGAAGCGCAGAGGCGGCGGCGGCGGCGGUCGCGCAGCAGUGCCCCCCGCAGGGCCUGGACCGCUACGACGUGUUCAAGCAGCUGUCGCUGGAGGGCGGCCACGCCUACGACGACGCCCGGGACGCCUUCUGCGGGCUGCGCGGCGGCGGCGACACCUCCGCCGACGACUUCGCCGACUUCCAGUCCUCCAAGUUCUGCACGGCGCUGGGCGCGGCGGAGCGGAGCCUGGGCGGCGACAAGAUGGCGGCCUUCAAGCAGACCAAGGAGGACUGCGCGUCGGUCAAGUCGCUGGACCUGCCGUCGCUGGGCGGCAGCAGCGGGGGCCGGGAGGACUCGGAGGACGCGCUGUCGGUGCAGCUGGACAUGAAGCUGUCGGACAUGGGCGGCGACCUCAAGCACGUGAUGUCGGACAGCUCGCUGGACCUGCCCGGCCUGGCCGCCCACCAGCCCCCCGCCGCAGAAGGCGACGACAUGAAAUUUGACCCUUUCGGCACUUCCACCGGCAGUGUAGCCAGCUAUGAUUGGUCAGACAGAGAGGAGGGCGUGUCCGUCGAGGCCAGGAAGGCCCCGGGCUCCGACGGGUCCGCUCUGGCCCCGCCCCACUACGGGAGUGGGCUGACGUUCGGGAGCACGGAGAACCUCGCCCCCAACCUGACCACCACCACCACCGCCGCCUCCUCCACCUUCCCCCCCAAGGACGACGCCUCCUCUUCUGAGGGGAAGUUUGAGGCCUUCCCCGAGCCGAGCGGCGACCACGACGAUGACUUUGGAGACUUUGCCAGUACGGUGUCCGAUAAGUCCACGGCGGGCGUGGACGUUGGCCCCGAGGAGCCCCAAGGCGAGGCCUCCGAUGAGUUUGGGGCCUUCCAAGGAGAUAAGCCCAAGUUUGGCAAGUCCGACUUUCUCAAGGCCAGCUCUCAGACCAAGGUCAAGUCCAGCGAGGAGAUGAUCAAGAACGAGUUGGCGACCUUUGACCUGUGUGUCCAAGGGUCCCACAAGCGCAGCCACAGUCUGGGGGAGAAGGAGAUUGGCCGCUGCCCCCCGUCCCCCGCCCCGGAGCAGCCCUUCAGGGACCGCUCCAGCACCCUGAGUGAGAAGCCCGCCCUGCCCGUCAUCAGAGACAAGUACAAGGACCUGACCGGCGAGGUGGAGGAGAGCGAGCGGUAUGCGUACGAGUGGCAGCGGUGUCUGGAGAGCGCCCUGGAGGUCAUCACCAAAGCCAACAACACGCUGAACGGCAUCAGCAGCUCCUCCGUGUGCACCGAGGUCAUCCAGUCCGCCCAGGGCAUGGACUACCUCAUGGGCGUGGUGGAGGUGUACCGCGUGACGAGGCGGGUGGAGCUUGGCAUCAAGGCCACGGCGGUGUGCUGCGAGAAGCUGCAGCAGCUGCUGAAGGACGUCAGCCGCGUGUGGAACAACCUGGUGGGCUUCAUGUCGCUGGCCAACCUGGUGCCUGAGGAGAGCUCUCUAGACUUCUCCUGCUGCAUCCUCAGGCACGGCAUCAAGAACGCCAAAGAGAUAGCGUGCGGGGUGUGCCUGCUGAACGUGGACUCUCGGAGCAAGAAAAAAGAAGAAAGCACAAUCGGACGCCUGUUCAAACGAGCAAAGGCCAAAGAAAGCAAGUUGAGGGUAACUAUGCAAUUUUUUCUUUCUCCUAUAGAAUAAUACUGCAAAAAGAAACUCAAAGAAUGAUUUUUCGUUCCGCCUGCACAGUUUUUUUGUACAUUUUAAUAGUGCCACAGCGGGAAUGAUUUGGGUUUCCAAGCGGUGGGCCCUUGGCUUCGGUUCCCAGUGCAAAGGUCGCAGUGAAUAAGUCAUGCUGACCUUUGCUAAAUCCAGCCUGCCCUCUGCAGUGGGUGGAAGACAUUCUCAUUCACGUUCCCCGACGCUCCCGUUGAAAAGACCACGUAGAGCACAGCCGCCCGCCAGGCUGCGUGCUGAUUGGCCCCCGGGCUCGGCUGUCUGCUACAUGCUGAUGUUCUGGCGUUCCUCACAGGGAACGCCAUGGAACUCACAGAGGCCGCGGGCCACGAGCAGGAGAGCGAGUGCAGCUAGGACCGUGAUAGCCGUGGGAUAACUAUGAAGCCAUUUAGCAGACGCAUUGAACCAUGAGGCGGCAUGGCAGUGAAUUGAGAUACAUGUCAUUGAAGAGCGUUAGGAUUUAAGCAUCUUAUUCGGCAUCUUACCCCCUUACUCACUUAAGAGUUAGGAGAGGAGCCCGCUGUGUUUGUUAAAAAUGAGUGAACCCCCAGCAUCUGGGAGAGAGGUGAUUUUGUUACUACUCCGUCUCUUCCUGGGAGAGCCAUUAACCCGGGUCGCAUCGCGGUUGAAGGCCGCCAUUUUGUUUAGAUGAAUGAUAGAUGACUUCCAGACACGUUGUCCAUCUCUGUACACACUUUGAUUGCC